CUUUGAAGGAAUUUCCUACUACUUUCUAUACAAACUUCACAAAAAUUUAAAGAUUAGUGUUUAAAACACGUUUUCUUUUUCUUUUUUGUUCAAGGAGAGGGCCAUCUGAUAGGAUUCACUCUUACAUUUUCUUUCUAUUACCACAGCUACAAUCUAUACACACAAAUCAGACAUUUAAUUGAAUUCAUGGCAUCUUCUUCCUCCUUCGCGAGUAAUUCACAGUACUGUGCUCGAUGGAAGUAUGAUGUCUUUCUUAGUUUUAGAGGUUCUGACACACGGAGAACAUUUACGGGCCACUUGUACGAAGGUUUGAAAAAUAGGGGAAUAUUCACUUUUCAAGAUGAUAAAAGGCUAGAGCAUGGAGAUUCCAUCUCAGAAGAACUCGUGAAAGCUAUAGAAGAGUCUCAAGUUGCAGUAAUCGUUUUCUCAAAGAAUUAUGCAACGUCAAGUUGGUGCUUGAAUGAACUAGUGAAGAUUAUGGAAUGCAAGGAGAAAGAAAAUGGACACAUGACAGUUAUACCGAUCUUCUAUUAUGUGGAUCCAUCAGAUGUUCGAUACCAAAGGGAGAGCUUUGCAGAAGCAUUUACCAAACACAAAUUGAGGUAUAAGGAUGAUGAGGGGAUGCAGAAGGUGAAACGAUGGAGAAAUGCCCUAACUGCUGCCGCAGAUCUAAAAGGACAUGAUAUUCAUGACGGGAAUCUGGGGAACAGGCGGAAUCGGUAAAACAACAAUAGCAAAUGCCAUCUUUGAUACUCUAUCCAAUCAAUUUGAAGCAGCUUGUUUUCUUGCGAAUGUUAAAGAAAAUGCAAAAAAGAAUCAACUGCAUUCUUUACAAAAUACCCUUCUCUCUGUACUGUUAAGAAAAAAAGAUGAUUACGUCAGUAAUGAGUAUGAUGGGAAGCGCAUG